UUUUGAAUUUGUGGAGUAUUACAUAAAUUUCUUAGUUCUCCAUAUAAACUCUAGUAAAAAUAUAGUCUGCACCAACAAUUAUUUAUUCAUCGUUAAAAAAAUGGAAAAUUCAAAAGCUCCGCUGCUCAAAGAACCGGGGAAGCCGGAGGGGAAGCCGGAGAAGACGCCGCGGCAGAAGGUGGUGCGGAAGACAUUCAAGGGGACGGCGCGCCUCUCCAACCACCUCCCCACCGGAUCCGUCCUCACAUUCCAAUUCCUCUCUCCGAUCGUGACGAACGAGGGGAAAUGCCGGUCGAAGGCGAGCCAGGGCGCCACCGCGGCUGUGCUGGCGUUCUGCGCCGUCACGUGCUUCGUGCUGAACUUCACGGACAGCUUCAGGGACGAGAGGGGGAAGGUGCGGUACGGCGUGGCGACGUUCCGCGGCCUGUGGGUGGUGGACGGCUCCGGCGGGCUGGCGGCGGAGGAGGCGGCGAAGUACCGCGUGACAUUCGUGGAUUUCGUGCACGCGUUCCUGUCGAUCGUGAUCUUCGCGGUGGUGGCGAUGUCCGAUCAGAAUGUGGCCGGGUGCUUCUUCCCGUCACCGUCGGUGGGGGAGAUGGUGAUGAUGACGAUGCUGCCGAUGAUGGUGGGGGCGGUGUGCUCGAUCUUCUUCGUAGUGUAUCCGACGACAAGGCAUGGGGUAGGGUUUCCUCUGUCGAAGGAGUGAGUGGGUUUGAAUUUGGGGAUUAAUUGAUUAUUUGAUUAAUUCAAUCUUAGAGCCGAGGUUAAUCAUUGUUAUUAAAUUUGUGUUUUGGAAUAUGACUUACUAUUGAUUUUUAUUAAUCGUGAGUUUUGGAA